ACGAAAGCAGCAGGCGUUAAAAGAAUCUGAUGCACAGUGAGCUACUAGCUAUCCCGAUUUAUGUCAUACCGGUUUUAGUCAAGUCAAAGGGUGUUAUUUAUGACAACCAACUGACAACACUGCAUUGAGAUUUUGUUCAUCCGUAAUUAUCGUUUAAAAGUAUUGUAUUUUAAAGUAGUCUGCUGGCUAACUAUCAAAUAGAAGCACUCUUCUCAGCAUUUUUUUUUAUCUAACGUUAGCUGGCUGGCUAACUUCCUAUUUUUUUUUUUUUUUUUUUUUUUUUUGCAUUCCUUCUUUGUCUUAGUCGACGUUUUGUUUUUGUUGGUGGUUUCUAUCUGGCCAGUUGUUUUUCCUCUAUCCCUCCCCCCACUCCCGGAGUUUUUACUUUUUCUACCUGACAAGGUUCCAGUUUACCAAGAUUGGCAGCUCCGGAGUUAAGAUGUCCAACCGAACAGUGUGCAGAGAAGCAAGUCACGCUGGCAGUUGGUACGCCGCCUCAGGCUCCCAGCUAAAUACACAACUAGAAGGUUGGUUGUCUCAAGCACAAUCCACGAUCAGCCCCGCUAGAGCCAUCAUAGCACCGCAUGCUGGAUAUUCCUACUGUGGUGCUUGUGCUGCACACGCCUACAAACAAAUAGACCCUUCUGUCACUCGCAGGGUGUUCAUCUUGGGCCCGUCUCACCAUGUUCCUCUGUCCCGCUGUGCCCUGUCCUCUGCUGAGGUUUAUAAAACACCUCUCUACGAUCUCAGGAUUGACCAGAAUGUCUACGCUGACCUCUGGAAGACUGGGAUGUUUGAGAGGAUGAGUCUUCAGACAGACGAGGAUGAGCACAGCAUUGAAAUGCAUCUGCCUUACACUGCUAAAGCCAUGGAGAGUCAUAAAGAUGAGCUCAGCAUUGUCCCGGUGCUGGUUGGAGCCCUCAGUGAGUCUAAAGAACAGGAUUAUGGGAAACUGCUCAGCAGGUAUCUGGCUGAUCCCUCCAACUUGUUCAUCAUCUCCUCUGACUUCUGCCACUGGGGCCAACGGUUCCGCUACACGUACUAUGACGAGGCUCAAGGAGAGAUCCACAGAUCCAUUGAACACCUUGAUAAAAUGGGUAUGGGCAUUAUAGAAACACUGGACCCCAUGUCCUUCACCAACUACUUGAAGAAAUACCACAACACCAUCUGUGGCCGUCAUCCUAUUGGAGUGCUGCUAAACGCCGUGUCUGAGCUGAGGAAGAGUGGAACAGAGAUGAACUUCUCCUUCCUGAACUAUGCCCAGUCGUCCCAGUGCAGGAACUGGCAGGACAGCUCUGUUAGCUACGCAGCCGGGGCCCUCAUUGUACAUUGAUGUGGUCCCAAAUGGCACCCUAUUACCUAUAUAGUGCACUUCUUUUGACCAGGGCUCAUGGUAGCCUUGUCCGAGCCGGAAUGGCCCGUAGGUCAGGAGCCCAUCUCCUGUUUCUGUAGCGGCGAGGCAGCUUGAUAUACAAGUACAAACCCUGGACAGGACGCUAGUCUAUCGCAGGGUCCAUAGGACUCUGGUCAAAAGUAGUGCACUGUAUAGGGAAUAGGGUGCCACUGCAGCUCUAAACCACCCAAACUUCUAUCGCCAUAACGAUGAUCUGGACUAGCCAAUGAGGAGAGAUAUUAUAUUCACAGCACCCCCUACCUGCCCCCCUCAGUUGUGAGUCGGAGAGUUUUUCUUUGUCUUAAAACUUUUGCUUGGAGUGCAGUUGCAGUUUUUGAGAUUGAAGGGAAGGAGUGUUAUUUUGGCAUGGAGCAUGGAUGGUUGUGGGGGAGGGGGGUGGUAUUUGGGGCUCGUUAAGGGGAGUGUAUUUGGGGCUCGUUUAGGGGUUU